AUGGUAGACUCUGGUAAAAGAGACCAGGAAGGAAUUGAAAUAAGGAAACCUGACUGCAUACUUAGUUAUAACAAAUAUAUGGGUGCUGUUGAUCGAUGUGACCAGAUGGUAGCAUAUGGAAGUUUUGAACGACACACUUUGAAGUGGUGGAAAAAGGUAUUUUUUCAUGUAAUUGGCCUUGCUGUGCUAAAUUCGUACAUCAUUUACAAAACAAGAUGUCAGCAACCUGUCCUGCAGAGAGUGUUUCGAAGAGAGUUGGUGAAUCAGCUGGUGACUGCUUCAGAAAUUUCUGGUGCUUCACCUAGGGGUAGGAAAAGAACAUCCGCAGAAGUUCUGCAAAGACUGACUGCAAGACACUUCAUCUGCCACUUGCCAUCAUCAGGAAAGAGAGAUCAUGCUAAGCGCCGAUGUGUUGUAUGUGGACCUGCUGAAGCAGAGUUAUUCAGAAGUUCUCAUCCUGAUGAACCAGUGCCGAAACGAACUGGGCGAGAAACUUCAUUUCAGUGCAAACAAUGUCAAGUGGCACUGUGCAUUGAGCCAUGCUUUGAACUUUUCCACACAAAGUCUGAAUAUGUGCUGGCAUACAAACGCCAAAAGUCUGCACUGGAGGAAUAG